CACGGUCUGUAACGUACUACGAGGGCUCUGUGUGAGGGUGUGUGAUUCUUCCGGUGGCGGUUCAUUCUCGCGAGGUGAGCCCUGAUGGUGUCAUCUACUAGACGUUAAUCAGCGGAUUCUCUGAGGAAAUACGUUAUUUUUAAAUGUAUGAUUUUCCUAUCCUGAGUUUUAGAAGCGGACAGGAAACGGAGGGAUAUGCGCCUAGGCAAAUGUGGAUACAUCUUACCGAAAACGCGAGGGGAGGGAAACAUGUAACCGGGCGUUCGGAGCGGCACCUGACACUUCGCGAGCAGGACUCUCGGUCUGUUGUAUCCACCCGUUAUUUUAUUAUUUGAAUUAUUGACACACAGUAUUUUUGUGUUUUCCGUUGGAUAUUAUCGUCGAGCCAAGACUGCAAAAAUGAGCGAGGAAGUAUCAGAGGUCCCCAAAGAACUGCUGGAGAGUGUGAAGGAUGCAGUGGGGAGGAAGAUGAAGCUCUCGGUGAAGAAGAGAGUCAAACUAGAGAUCAAAGGAGACAAGGUGGAGAACAGAGUCUUGGCUCUCUCAUCUCACCGGGCCUUCCUUCUGACUGCACGCAUCCCUAGCAAGAUUGAACACAACUUUAAUUAUCUGGAGAUACAAGGGAUCACCUGUAACAAGCCCACACAGUUGACGGUGGACUAUGAGAGAGGUGUUGUGUCUCUGAAGCUGACCUCUACAGAAGAGGUGAAUGAGGUGGUGGCUCACAUUGGGAUCUGUCUACAGAGGAUAUGUCCUGGUCUAUCACCACUGAAGCUGAUGAAGAAGCUGAGUAUGGAGCCUCUGGAGAGGAUCACCAGCCUACAGACUCUAUGGGACAACCACAAAGUAGCAGAACCAGGACCGUGUGGUGGUUUCUCUCAGAGUUACAGAUGUGUGUGUGACUGGCUGGGUCUGCCCUACAGAGAGGAAGUUCAAUGGGAUGUAGACACCAUCUAUCUGACUCAAGACACACGGGAUCUCAGCCUGCAGGACUUCAGUCAUCUGGAGAAUAGGGAUCUAGUGGCUAUAAUAGCAGUGUUAGAGUACAACCAAUGGUUCACAAAGCUCUCCACAAAGGAUUGUAAACUGUCAGCAGACGUGUCUGACCAGAUCCUUCGGGUGGUGGCCCGGUCCAGUCGACUAGAGGAACUGGUUCUGGACAACGCAGGACUCACGAGGGAUUUUGCACAGAAGCUGGCGAAUGCCCUCUCCCAUAACCCCAACUCAGGACUCCACACUGUCAACCUUGCCAAUAACCCACUGGAGGAUCGAGGAAUCACCUCCCUGGGAGCACAGUUCGCCAAACUCCCGAAGGGACUCAAGCAUUUAAACUUUUCCAAAACCUCAUUGUCACCCAAAGGGGUGAACAGCCUUGCCCAGUCACUGAGUGCCAACCAGUCCAUCCCCAGCACGCUCAGUCACCUGGACCUCUCAGGGAACUUACUGCGGGCAGACGACAUCCCGCAUUUCUACCAUUUCCUGGGCCAACCCAACAACCUGACGACUCUGGACCUGUCCAACACAGACUGCUCUCUGGACCUGGUGUGUUCUGCUCUCCUGAGGGGCUCCGUCCAGAACCUCUCUGUCCUCAACAUGUCCAAGAGUGUAUUUGCACAUAGGAAAGGCAAAGAUGUGCCUCCAUCCUUCAAGCACUUCUUCAGCAGCGCCGUGGCCCUCAGCUGCAUCAACCUUUCAGGAACCAAACUUCCUCCAGAGGCCUUGAAAGCUCUUCUGCUCGGUCUGGCCAGUAACCCCAACAUCAAGGAAGUGUCGUUAGACCUCAGCUGCUGCGAGCUUGGUCACUGUCUCAGGUCUGGGGGGUCACAGAUCCUGGAGGGAUGCAUCGCUGAGCUCCCCAACAUCUCCAGUCUGGAUAUCUCUGACAACGGUCUGGACUCUGACCUGUCCACUCUGCUGGUGUGGCUGGCCAAGAACCGAUCCAUCCGACACCUCUCACUGGGGAAGAACUUCAACAACAUCAAGUCCAAAAAUCUGGCCCCUGUCCUGGACAAUCUGGUUCAUAUGAUUCAGGAAGAGGAAUCGCCCCUGACGUCUCUGUCCCUGGCUGACUCUAAGCUGAAGACGGACCUGACCAUUGUGCUGAAUGCUCUGGGCAGCAACACCAGUCUGACCAGGGUGGAUAUCAGUGGGAACGCCAUGGGGGACAUGGGGGCUAAGAUGCUGGCCAAGGCCCUGCAGAUCAACAGCAAACUAAGGACGGUGAUCUGGGAUAAGAACAACAUCAGUCCUCAAGGUCUUCAGGAUGUAGCAGCUGCUCUGGAGAAAAACUUCACCAUCCGGUUCAUGCCUAUCCCCAUCAUCGAUGCGUCUCAGGCUCUUAAAGCCAGCCCAGAGAAGACUGAGGAUGCCCUGCUCAAGAUUGAGAACUACCUGUUCCGGAACCAUGAGACUCGUCAAUACCUCCAGGAGCAGGCCUACCGCCUCCAACAGGGCAUCGUUACCACCACCACUCAGCAGAUGAUUGACAGGAUCUGUGUGAAAGUCCAGGACCAUCUCAACUCCCUGAGGAACUCAGAGACAGACGUGGUCUUAGACGACGUCAAGACGGCUGAAAACCUGAUGAAGGAUGCCAGGAACUCCAAAACGCUGCUUCCUAACCUGUACCACCUGGGAGCAGCGUCCAGAGAAGAGGUCAACGGUCAGUCAGUAGGACCCAUCCAGGAGAAACUGGAGUCCAUGGCAGGAGAGGUGGCCAGGGUCAUGGAUGAACAGCUACAGGGUCUGUUGGAGUCCAUGGUGGAUGCUGCGGAGGGUCUCUGUCCCCAUGUGAUGAGGAAGACUAACCUUCGUCAGGACCUGAUCAAAGCCAGCACAGCUAAGAUGGUGGUUCCCCGUAGCUUCGUCAAGAACACCCUGCUGGAACAGUCUGGAGUCGACAUCAUCAACAAGAUCAGUGAGGUAAAGCUGAGCCUGGCUUCCUUCCUCUCAGACCGUAUCGUAGAUGAGAUCCUAGAAGCCCUGUCUGGCUCUCAGCACACACUGGCUGACCACCUGGUGAGGAAGGAGCGUCCUCUGGUCCAGCGGGAGUCUGUGGACCUGGACGUACCCGAGGAGAGGGCUCCUAAACGGGCCACCACGGAGCUGAAUGAGGCAGAAAGGCUGGAGGACCUGGAGACAUGCAUGAUGACUCCCAAGUCCAAGAGGAAAAGCAUCCACAGUAGAAUGCUCCGUCCAGUUUCUCGUGCCUUCGAGAUGGAGUUUGACCUUGACAAGGCCCUGGAAGAUGUUCCCAUCCACACAGAGGACCCUCCUGCACCUUCCCCUGCUCCUACCCUCUCGAGGUUAGAGAAGAGACCGUCAGGGGCCAUGGGAGAACUGCCCUCAGACGAGGCCAAGAAGCUGCAGCACUUCACCAAACUACGGCCUCGCAGAAACAAGAAGAUGCAGUCCAGUAAGAUACCGCAGAUCAGCAGCACCACGUCUCAGGACGGAGAGCAGAACGGUCUGCAUGGAAGGGUUGAUGAGGGGGUGGACGAGUUCUUCUCCAAGAAGGUCACCAAGAUGGACUCCAAACGUUCCCUAAAGAGUUCCGACUCCCAGGACGGGGAGAAGAAGAGGAGUAAAGGAGGUUUCCUCAACCUCAUCAAGUCUCGCACCUCCAAGUCUUCAGACAAAGACAAGUCUUCAGACAAAGACAAGUCAGAGAAGAACCAGUCUACCCCAGCUCCAGCACUAACCCCAGCUCCAGUAACCUCUGUCCCCGAGGGGCCUUCCUCCCCUAAGGCCUCCCUGAAGAGCCAAGCUCCAGAACCACCAACCAAGGUCAAGGAGGCCAAGACCCAGCCCACUCAUCCCAGCCAGCUCACCCAGCCCCUGGAGUGCAGCAGCAGCUCAGACCGGUCUGAGGAGCUACGGACCCCAGACUCCAUGGAUGAGGUGUCAGAGGGGGACAGUAAGGGUAGUCCCCAGGGGGGGAGGCGCUACGGGGUGCAGGUGAUGGGGACUGGACUCCUGGCGGAGAUGAAGGCCAAGCAGGAGAGACGGACCUUCGGAUCACAUAAGGACCAGUAUGACCAGUCGUCCAGUCCAGACAGCAGUGGCAGUGUGAAGGGCCAGCCUAUCCCAACAGAGAGCAGGUCUCCAGGUGGCUCCAAGGCAGAGGGGGUGGUGGUGGUCGGCUCCCCAGAGAAGAGCCCUCGUGGUGGGGAGGCCAAACCAGAGACGGUCCCUAGGAACCGCAUUACCUCAGUCCUAAGUUCCAGUCCUAAGCCUCCUCUUCAGGGCCCCAAGCCAGCCCUCGCUGCCCGACCCUCCAUCCUUCAGAAGCCGCGCACCAGCAGUAGCAGGAGCAUAGAUGAGGUCUGUGACUCUCCUGGAGGGAAUGUGUCUCCCAAGGGGGCAAUGCUGCCUUACAGCCUGAAGAGGGUCCCCUUGGACAAGGACAAGGAGGGGCAGGGCAGUCCUCUACUGGGGGGCACGGGGAGCAACAAAAACCCCUCUGCUCAGGCAGCAGUGAAACCAGACUCAGUGUCAGACCCUGCCAAUCGCCAGAGCCCCCACCGCCACAACUCUGAGGACAACGGCUCCAAACCCAAGGACCAAUCCCCCAACCCUGACAGAGACAAGGGACCGGGGAGAAAGUCUCCCCGAUCUGGAGAAGAGGCCGACAAAGACUUUAUUUUUAUAUGAGAAACUAAACUCUCAAUGAAUGACAGGUGCAUUGUACCUGCCUGUCAUCUCAGUAUAUCUGAUGUCAGGAAUCGGAAAGCGACGACCGUAUGUCUCAAGACUGUCGGGCAGAGUAACCCAUGUGAAGUGUUUCACUGUGAUAGGACUGUUGUACACUUUCACUAAAUCUCAGUAAUUCCAAGAUAAAUAUGGCUAAAGCACUGUUAUGAUGAUGCACUGUUGUGUGUUAAGUCACUGUGGAUCAGAAACAACACAUUUUCUGAAGGGGGAAGGAGAGGGACAUUCCUUUACACGACUCAGAUAUCUCAUGGCUUGGCCAUGUGUGUACUAUGUCAUCAUGGUUUGGACAUGUGUGUACUAUGUCAUCAUGGUUUGGACAUGUGUGUACUAUGUCAUCAUGGUUUGGACAUGUGUGUACUAUGUCAUCAUGGUUUGGACAUGUGUGUACUAUGUCAUCAUGGUUUGGACAUGUGUGUACUAUUCAUCAUGGUUUGGACAUGUGUGUACUAUGUCAUCAUGGCUUGGACAUGUGUGUACUCUGUCAUCAUGGUUUGGACAUGUGUGUACUCUGUCAUCAUAGCUUUGUGUGCCGGUCAUCCCCUGUGCUUGUAUUGGGAAAUAAACUGGUGUACUGUCAUGCCAGUAAAAGCUAGCCUGGAAUCCACACUGAAUAUCUGUUUCACUAUUCAGAUUGGUAUCCAUGCCAGUAAAAGCUAGCCUGGAAUCCACACUGAAUAUCUGUUUCACUAUUCAGAUUGGUAUCCAUGCUAAGUGAAAUCCGGACAUGGAUGGGACUCCAGCUCGGGGCUUUUCUGCAGGCAGCAUCAAUUGGCUCCUAAUUCAGAACCUGACUGCUUCGUGUGGACAGACGGACAUUUUCAAACCUGUCCAGCAAUUCAGGAAGUAAACUGAAAUACAAUUUCAAUUUCUCUUCAUUGCUUUUCAAUCAGAAAUUUUUUAAAUUGGAAUUUGGCUUAGUUUCUGGAUUGACUGGAAUUGAAAUGGAAUUGACCCGAACCCUACUGUCUAGUCAUUCAGGGCCCGACAACUAGGGGUCAUGUCCUGACCUCGGCACCUUUCGGUCUUUCAAUUGGUCUUCGUUUGCUGCCUCGCUGCCAGUAGUUUAUUUUCUUCACGACCUGUAAAUCAUAUGGCUUUGGACUGAAGGGUUGGCUUACUCGGUCAGAACGUAGUGGCUUCACGGUAUCAUAUGGCUUUGGACUGAAGGGUUGGCUUACUCGGUCAGAACGUAGUGGCGUCACGGUAUCAUAUGGCUUUGGACUGAAGGGUUGGCUUACUCGGUCAGAACGUAGUGGCGUCACGGUAUCAUAUGGCUUUGGACUGAAGGGUUGGCUUACUCGGUCAGAACGUAGUGACAUCACGGUAACAUAUGGCUUUGGACUGAAGGGUUGGCUUACUCGGUCAGAACAUAGUGACAUCACGGUAUCAUAUGGCUUUGGACUGAAGGGUUGGCUUACUCGGUCAGAACGUAGUGGCGUCACGGUAUCAUAUGGCUUUGGACUGAAGGGUUGGCUUACUCGGUCAGAACAUAGUGACAUCACGGUAUCACGUGUUCCCGAUGUCUGGGACUGGGUUGAAUGCUGUGAACGCAUCGCAUUCCAUGAACCUGUCCACCUGGGGCCUAGUUCAGUAGGCAGAUAACGGAACAAAACUGACUGAAACAGGGAGGUCAAAUGACCUGAACUUGUCCAAUAAAGAAACACUUGUUUUAGUUUAUUACGCUCUCUACUGAACAGGACCCUGAGGGGUGAACUACGAAGCAGGUAGCAAGGUCACUUCGGUAAACUACGAGUUCAACUCGGGAUAACCGGUCAUGCGAAAGCGUCUCACCUUUUUAGCAAAGGUCAAUUUCUAUGGCAACGAAUCCUCCAGAACUAACCCGCUCCGGGGCAGGCUAACUCCACUUACCUAGAAUUAAAUGAUCAAUCAAAUCAGAUUCCCUCCCUCUCGCAAAGACUGUGUCAUCAUCCCCUUCAUUUGAGGAAGACGACUGAUUUUUUUUUGUUUUUUUUGUGUGUGUUAAAAAGAGUCAUGUUAAAAUAUCUAACAUUUCACAUUUAGUAAUGACGGAAUGCAUUCUAAACUUCACCCCCAGUAGCUCUUCUGUAUGACUCCAUAAUACUAUUUUAUUGAUAGGAGGGUGGGGGGGGGGGGGGGGCCUGUGGUUGUUGUGCAUUGAUAAGCACACCAAAUACGGCACUAAUGAUAAGUAAUAAAAAUAAAGACUAAUUAAUGAUAAAUAAUAAAAUUAAAAAACGCGUUAAUGAUGAGUGAUAAAAUAAAGGCACUUCUAAAAUCCCAUUUCACACCACAACCUGCUGAGUUUCCAAAAUAACUUUUCUUUUCUCUUGAUUUCUGCACAAAUGAAAAUGUUGCACUGAGUCGCCCACGGAUUGGCGUUUCAGCAUUGUCGCGAUGAAGAGUUCGCCGUUCGACUAGCCACGUGCGACAUGCACGCGCAAGCAGUUCACAAGCCUUCUAGAGUUAGCGGCAGGCGUACAAGCAAUAUCCACCGGCGUUAGGUACACAUGACGCCUGAACUGGGAUGUGAAGCUAGCUGCAGCUGGUUAGCUUUAGAAAGACCCUGAGUAGAUCUAGCAUGCUUCGUAGGAUAACCCCUCUGGUUAAUUGUCUCGGUUGGUUUGGAUUUCUCCGGCUUGUAUUUUAUUCUUUCUGUUUGGGGAUAAAGAGCAGCUGGCUGUCUUAUGUUUGGUUCUAUUAAACAAUAAAACCACGGAACGACGUGUUUAAAAGAAUCCUUCAGAGUUAAAUAAGUAAGAGAGGGAGUCUAUCUCUCAGGCAGGGUGAUUACUGCUGAAUUUGUGUGUCCGAUAUGCAUAUGUGGUGUGCUGUAUGUGUAAUAUAAUACUGUAUGUUAAAUUACAUACAUGUAAUAUAAUACUGUAUGUUUAAUUACAUACAUUUAAUAUAAUACUGUAUGUUUAAUUACAUACAUGUAAUAUAAUACUGUAUGUUAAGUUACAUACAUGUAAUAUAUCCACACACGUAUGUGUACACAGAUCCUAUAUUACUAUGGUACUACUAAGCACACUACUAAAAUAGGUUUAAAUAAUGAUGUAAUUUAUUGAAAUAAAAACAAUGUUUGAUGAUGUUUUUCUCCCUCUUCUUGUCCUUAAUGUACGUUGUGUUAAUACUGAGGAAAUCAAUUUGUCCAUUUCACUGUUUUCUUCUUAUUCUUUAAACGAUGAAUUAGUUGUAUUAUUUUAUUUUCAUGACAAGACACAUUGCUAUAUUUGCCUGAUCGUAUCUGAAAAGCAUUUUUUUUAAAAAGGAAAGUUAAUCCAACAAAGAAAAUGACUCCAUGUUUGUUAGUCGGUGUGUUUUAUUUUGUUAUGGACGAUACUCCAUUAACAUGGUUCACUAAAUCCCACUACUGGCUGUGGACAUGUCCUUCCUUAUGUGAAUAUUUAUACCAAAUAAAAUAAUUGUACAGAUUGAAA